CCUCUUGUAUGAUUGACUUUGAUAACUCUGUUGUAGAUAAAUUCAAUUGAAAACUGUGUCUGAUUCUAAUCAGCGAUUUGUUCAUUUGAAAUCUCACUUUUCUCGAAUAAAUAAUGCAAAUUUGGUGAAAAUGUGAAGCUAAAAGUGUCACUAAGUUCAUUUAUGAGAUGAGAAUGUGUUUUUGUCUUUCUGUUUGUUGUUUUCCCGGGAAAUGUCCUCAGCAGCAGCGCGUCUCUGCGAGGCUGAGCGGGAACAGUCUGGGAUGUUAAAGCGCCACUGCUGAAUUUAUGGCUCUCAUCAUUGGUGCUCAUGGAGCGGCGUUACAGGAGGAGCGGGUGGGGCCUGGCGGGGAACCGGGGAGGCAGACGGCGCUCGCUGACCGGACACUCCUCUGUUUGUGAGUCCCGGAGCCGGAAAGCAGACCGCAUGUCUGACCCGGGGUCGGCCUGCCGCCGCCGGGAGCGAACCGCAGUCGUUUGUCCGAUCAUUCACACAUGGAUGCUGCCCGCUGGUAGGAGGGCGGGAGGGGGGAGGGAGGGAGUCGCCUCGUCUCCGUUUUUGCGCUCGCGACCGCGCGCGAGGCAGCAGCGGUUUGGCCCUUUCUUUAUCACAGGAGCCACAUCCCCGCGGUUAGCUAUGUGAACGCAGAUCGACGGUAAUCCGGAUCCGCUGUCGAAUAACUAUGAACAACGCGCAAGAUAUGUCGCCCGAUUUUGUGUUGAUGCGCCUGGUCUCCGCGGCCGAGGACGACCGCUUGGACGCAGAAAACGGGAAUCUGCCGCCGGGAGGAGUCGUGUCGGCGCUGGGGAAGGAGGUCUUGGCUCACAGCGGCGUCAAAGCGGGCUUGGACAUCAGCCGAGACCCCGCGGGCCUCGAGCAUCCCGGCGGAUUCCUGAACAAAGCUCAGCCGAGCGGCGACGGCACGGCUGCACCUGCCGCCGGGGGGACGGAGGGCCGAGCCCCGCUGUCCGCCGCUCCCGCUCCGCAGAGCUCCGUGGAGGCCCCGGGCUUUGACUUCGCCCCCAGCUCCGGCCUGCGGCCUCAGCUGCUCGUGUUCUCCAACAUCAUCCGGAACGGGGAGGGCAUUUUGGAGCUCGACCGGCUGGAUCCACCGCGGGAUGCGCUGGAGCAGAGCGCGGGCUCCGGCCCGCCCGCCAACAACAACCCCCGCAGCCCGACGGACGCUCAGCGGCGGCAGCAAGACCCGCAGGACCCCGGAUGCAGAGCUCCGCCGCCGCUCACCGCUCCCGCCGAGGCGCCGGCAGCCGCGGAGCUGUGCCGCCGGCACCGGCUGCUCGCCGCGCCGCCGGACUGGCCCGUGCUGUCGGACCGCUCCACCCCGCUCACCGUGGUCAGCUCCGCGUGGGGAUGCGGCGCGGGCGACCGCGAGGGCGCCGUGUUCGAGCUGGCGCGGAGGUUCGGGGAGCUGGGAGUCGGCGCCGUCCCCAAGAUGCUGUUCAAGGCGGGGGAGCUCCCGCAGUGCUCGUGCCAGGGCGCGCACAGGUCGGGGGCGGCGGGGGUGCCGCCCGGAGACGACCCCACGGAGACCAGCGACGCCCUGCUGGUGCUGGAGGGGCUGGGCAGCGGCGACGGGCUGGGCAUGGACGGCUGCCCGGAGGACCCGGCGGAGGACGACGACGGCCGCCGCGACUUUCUGCUGCACCGGAAGCGGGAGGUGGUCCAGGAGAUGUCCGGCGCGUUCUCCAUCAGCAGCUUCCAGGUGGAGCUGAGGCGGCAGGUAAAGGAGGAGGGCGCCCCGGAGGCGGGGGCGGCGGCGCAGGUGUGCGGCUUCCACGGAGGUGGCCCCCACGACCCCCCCUGGGCCGCCAGCCCGAACCCCAGCCAGGCGUCGACGCCCGGCAGGCGGCCGGAGCGGUGCGCCAGCGCGCCGCGGACUCCCACCGGCCGCGGCGCGGAAAAGACGCUGAAAGUCCCGGGGAAGUCCAAAAAGGGCUCCCUGAAGCUGCGGCUCAGCAAACUGUUCCGGACUAAAAGCUGCAGCGGAUCCAGCCACCUCCUGGACAAGAGGCCCUCCGUGGCCUACUCCGUGUCCUCUGCUGGGAGUCUGGUGGACAUGGCGGGCUCCCCCUGCGGAGAGCACGACCCGGACAGCCACAUCCAUCCCAGACUGACCAGGGCCCAAAGUGCCUUCAACCCUGCCUCCCUCUCAGCCUCCCUGUCUGCUUUCACUGGUGAGACCGUUUCUUUGGUGGACGUGGAUAUUUCUCGGCGAGGGACCAUCACGCCACACCCUCCGACUCCUCCCCCUCCUCCACGCCGAAGUCUCAGCCUGUUAGACGACAUAGCCGGGCCUCAGCCCGGCUCCUUCUUAGUGAGCGUCAUGGGCGCCUCCCUGCAGUCCCUCCCCUUGCCUCUCCCGCCUCCCCCUCCUCCCUCCCACGCCACCAUCCAGCACAGCCUCAGUCUCAAUGACGCUUUCCUUCGGGCCCUCCCUCAUUCCAACCCGUCGACUGCUGACGCCCCGCUUCCCGCCAGACAGGCUCCGCCUCCCGUCCUCUGUGCGCUGCGGCGGUCUGAAGCCAGCAACUUCACUGCCAGUUUGAGAGAGCUGGAAAAGUGCGGCUGGUACUGGGGUCCCAUGAACUGGGAGGACGCGGAGAUGAAGCUGAAGGGGAAACCCGACGGGUCCUUCCUGGUCCGGGACAGCUCAGACCCCAGAUACAUCCUGAGCCUCAGCUUCCGGUCCCAGGGAGUCACGCAUCACACUCGCAUGGAGCACUACAGAGGGACCUUCAGUCUCUGGUGUCACCCGAAGUUCGAGGACCGCUGCCACUCCGUGGUGGAGUUCAUCGAGAGAGCCAUCAUGCACUCCAAGAACGGCAAAUUCCUCUACUUCCUCCGCUCACGAGUCCCAGGGCUUCCACCCACUCCGGUCCAGCUCCUGUAUCCUGUGUCUCGCUUCAGCAACGUCAAGUCGCUGCAGCAUCUCUGCCGCUUCUGCAUCCGACAGAUCGUCCGCAUCGACCACAUCCAAGAGCUUCCACUGCCCAGACCCCUUAUCUCUUACCUGAGUAAGUUUUAUUACUACGACCCGGAGGAGGAGAUGUACCUGUCGAUCAAGAGCAGGGUGGUGGGGGCGGAGCAGGAGGCGGAGCCUCAGACGUAGCAGCGGAGAUCACCUCAGCUCAAGUUUCACGCGGGGAGCUGAUCUGUGCGGUCCGCCGCUGUUCCAGCAUCAGCCAAUCAGGGUCCUGGGGGGUGUGUUUCCUGUUGGACUGGGAUGGAGCUCCUCUUAGCUGAUUUGGACUCAUCAGAGGAGAGCUGUGUGUUUGCUGUUUGACGCUAACGCUGCUGCUGCUGCUGCUGCUGCUGCUGCUGCUGCAGAGGACUCACGCCUGAGGAGCGCCUGCAGAGAUGUCCUCACCCCCAAAAAACCCGUCGACAGACUCUCGGAGCCCGAAUCAUGAACUCAACUUUCCUAUUUCCUGCUGGACUUCUAAAACACAACAUGCUGGUCAGUUUGUAUAACAGUUGUUUGCCAACAUUUGUUUGUUUUUCCUUCCAUUUUGUCAUAUUGGAGGACUUUGGAUUGCAAGAUGUCUGCAGCACGGAUAUACACCCAGAGGGGCAACACAGGGCCACAGUGCUGAAAACAGAACCCCAGAAUCUGAACCCAAAGUCUGGGUUUUCUUUUCCUUAAAGGAAACUAAACAUGUUUGUUUUUUUACAUUAAGGUGCAAAAGUUAGGAUUCAAUCCUUUUAAUGUGUGCAACAACUGCAGAUCUUUAUGGGUUUUAGGAUUCAGCAAAAACAAAACAUGAAACUUUAUUGUUCUGCAACAAUGAACUUAUACAAUAUAUGCCUGAAAAUUAAAACUAAAUGGUCAGUGCAGCCUUACAGAUUCAGUGAUCUAGUUAUUGACCCCAGAUCUCCAUGAUAAUUGAGUCAGUUAGAUCUUCUUGGGGGUCCAGAGGCUUUUUCCCUCUAAAACAUUGUUGACCAUCUGAAAAGGUACGGAAGUCCAAACAUCUCCCAAAAAAAAUGUUCUCAAGCACAAGUGUUGUAGAUGGUUCUUCGUCUUCUCUGGGGUGAAGGUUCAAACCAGAUCAGCUCAGGAUUUGACCACACAAAACUACAUUUAUUACAGAGGAUCUUCAAGGUCAACCAUGAAAAGAGAUGGAAUAAUAUGAGAGGUGCAUUAAAAUCAUGUAUAUACAUUAUGAUCAGCAACAAGCAUCAAGAACAUUUGAAAGAAUCAGAUUCUCUUCCCCAUUUUAGAUAGAAACUUUGAAUUAGCUGUCAAACACGGUGGUGGAGGUUUGAUAAUCUGGGCUUUUUGAAGCCACAGGUAUGGUGACCCUGAAGUGAAAAUCACAUCAACAAAUCACACAAGGCAAUAGCACAUUUAAGAUCACAAUGACAAUUAAAGAAAGAGAACACAUUUUAAAAAUCAAAACAAAUUCACAGAAACCAAAAAAAA